AUGUGUGCGUGCCCCGGUCGUGACCUCGAGCCUUGGGCCAUUCAUCUCCGUACCCAUCAUGCGGCGGGGGAUCCCACCUCCGCUGCAUCCUUGUCAACCAUCAAUCUGGAUUCAACAAUAGACGGCCUCGACCUUUACCGUCCUCCGAAGUCUCCGGCACCGCGGAGCCUUAGUUCAACCCCGAGCCAGGGUCAACAACCUCAUCUUCACCAUCACCAGCAACGUCGUCGCCGUCACAGCAUUAGCACCAGCUGUCAGGGUCCAGUAAACGUCAGUGACCACUGUCAACUACGCCACAGCCGGCAGAGGCAUAGCCACGACCACGAACGCGACGAUCCUUUGGUUUCAGACAGGCGACAGCAACUCCAUUCUUUUGGUUCCUGGAACUUGUUCUCACUCUUUGCUGGCGCAUCAUCACCCAACAUUUCCUGCUCGUCAGACAACGUCGCAACGGUGCGUUCAUCGCGCCUAGAUAAACAUCUCCACUCCAACAAGCACAACACCUUUUGGCCUUCGGGCUUCGAUUCUCUACGGCGCAUAGUUGUCGGCGCCGUUCGCUGUCCAGCACUCCCACCCUUCUCCUUCACAAUGUCCCUCCGAUCCAAGAUCCCCGAGACGCCCCGCGUCAUCUCGCCGAGUCCCACGCCUUCCGAGCGAGACGCUUCCGACUACACCGGCCCAGUUACGCGCUCCGCCGCCCGGAGGAGGACGCCCACGCCUCAACCCCUCGAGGAGCACGCUGAGGAAGAUGAUGACUCGGAUCCUCCCGAACUUCGAAGGGCUCGCACUCGCAGCCGCUCACCGAUCGAUCACGCCGCUGUGAAGCGCCUAUCAAGGCGCAUGAGCAACGCUUCCAAAGCGGGCAAGAUAACCAAGGACGCUAUCCCGGAGGAACCAGUCAAUGUUAAUGGAAACGCCAGCACCAACGGUAACGGCAAAGCUGUCGCGACCAACGGCCACCUCGCGCCGCCGACGCCUUCAACGUCGAUAGGAUGGAGCUGGCGCGACUUUAGCCGGAGCCCCAGCCCUCUAGGACUCAUCCCCAUCCACAGGCACUUCAGGACAUUUGUGCACAAGCAUGAGGUGCCGCGCAAGGUCCUCCACGUGUCGAUCGGCUUCUUCGUCAUCUGGCUCUACGUCACCGGCACUCAGACAACGUCGGUGACACCCUGGCUCAUGUCAGCGCUCAUCCCCAUCACAACGGUCGACUGGCUCCGACAUCGAUACGCAUCUUUCAACCGCUUCUAUGUAAAGGUUCUCGGUGCACUGAUGCGCGAGAGCGAAUACAAUGGCUGGAACGGUGUCAUCUUCUACCUCCUUGGUGCCUGGAUCGUCCUCUACAGCUUCCCCAAGGAUGUCGGCAUCAUGAGCGUCCUCCUGCUCAGCUGGUGCGAUACCGCUGCCAGCACCUUUGGCCGCCUCUGGGGCCGAUACACCCCUCGCAUCCGCCGCGGAAAGUCACUGGCCGGUUCCAUUGCGGCCUUCCUGGUUGGCGUUGGAACCUCGUACUUCUUCUACGGCUGGCUCGUCCCGACCAUCGGCCCCUUCCCUGGUGACGAGAACUUCAUGUUCCAGGGCGUUCUCUCGCUGCCCAAGACCAUCUGCGAGGCAGUUGGUGUGUCUCGGGGACAGGCCAGCAUCACUGGCGCUCUGGCCCUGGGAGCCAUGAGCUUGUGGUCUGGCUUCGUGGCAUCUGCCAGCGAGGCUGUGGACAUCUUUGGCUGGGACGACAACUUGACGAUUCCCGUGUUGAGCGGUAUCGGCAUCUGGGGUUUCCUCAAGGUGUUUUCUUAG